AGCCGUUUCACACCCUGAGGAGUCCCGGGCUAGCCUGUUUUCCUGCAGUACGUCGGGGGAAUCAUGGAUCGUCACAUUCCCAUGCACGCGUUACCGGAAGAAAUCCAAAAGAUGUCUCCUGAAGAAACAGUUUGUAAAUACUGUGGCGUCAGCUACCUAAUUCUUCAUGAAUUUAAGGCUAUGGAAGAGAAACUGAAAGCAGUGGAAGAAGAAAUGAAAUUUUAUCAAGGAAGUGUAGAGCGAGAAAAGAGACUUCAGGAAAAGCUGCAGUCUCUUAGCCAGGAGUUUGACAAGUACAAAACUGACAGUGAAUCCAAAAACAAAAGAGUUCAAGAUGCAAACAUGAAAUUAAAAAAGCAGCAAAAUGAAUUUCAGAGAAUACAGAAAGAAUUGGAUCAUCAACAAAAUGAGCUAAAAAUUAAGCAAAAACAAUCCCAAGUCUUCAGUCAAAGAUUGUCAGAAUACAGAUACUUCUGGAAUAAGACCCUUUUGUUACUUACUUUUACUAAAAGGGAGCUAACCAGUAUUAAACAUGAAGUAUGUGAUAAUUUUCAAAACUGGACUUCACUGAAAGGAGAAGUUUUUCUACAGAUGAAAUCUCUGAGUGACGCAGCCUUGGCAGAAAUAGAUAUGUUAAAUAAAAGUCUGACAGUUUCCCAGAGAAAUAAGGUGUGCCUGGAAGAGGAAAUUAAAAAUCUCAAACUCCUGUCGGAUGCAGCCAUCUUGAGGUCUCAGGAGAUGCAGGCGUCCAAACAGCACGAAGUAAGCUUGCAAGCCAGGUGCUAUGAUCUGCAGAAGGAAGCCCUAGACUUACAGUGUCAAGUAGAGGCCCUUGGGUUGAGACUUCAGAAGACAGUGAUGGAGCUGGACAACUCUAAAGAGAUGCUCAUGAAAAAGUCUAAUGUCGCUGAUAACUGUCAAAGAGAACUCAGAAAGCUGAAGUUCGAGUCUGUCAUUUCUGAGUCAAGGCACAGUAGGCUACUCAAAGAGAAAGAAGACUCCUUACUGACUUGUCAACAACUAUAUAAAACUCUACAGCAAGAGCUGACGACCAAAGAAAGGCAAGGGGAGGAUCUAAAAAGAAGGAUCAACCUUGCGGAAAAUGAGCUAGAGAUGACUAAAACUCUCCUGCAUCGGACACAGGAAGAAAUUUUAACUCUGAAAAAUGAAAGGGAAUUGAUGCUGGCUGCCCAUCAGAAGAGCAUCGAGCAGAUGCAGGAAACCCUGAGACAGAAGCUGCUGAGCGACGAGAGCUGGAGAGAGAAGAUUGAAGCUGAGCUCACCAAAGAAAGAGCCCGGCAUCUCAUUGAGUUCCAAGAGCAAGCUCUUCUCUUUAAGGAAGAAGCUAAACUGGAACUUGACAUUGAGAAAGAAAAGCACCAGGAAGUAAUUCAGAAGUAUCAGCAAGAACAGGAGGACCUUCAGAAGAAGAUAGCUGACUUAAUCGCAGGUGCUACAAAAGACCUGCGGCUCGAAGUGGCCUCUCUCCAAGAAAAGCUCCAUGAAUCCCACGCACGAUAUACUGAAGAAUCCGCGUCAAAGAGGAAAGAGAUCGAAGACCUGAAGAGUCUGGUUGCAGAACUCGAGUGUCGCUUGAAGCGGGAAGCCAGCCGCGAUGACUCAGUUUCAGAAGACUUGAAGAAGGAAAUGAAACAGAAGUCAGAUGAACUGGAAAGAGUAAUGCUGGCCCAAACGCAGCUGCUGCAGCAGUUCAGCCAGUCCCAGGAAGAGAACACUUUUCUCCAGGAAACGGUGCGGAGAGAGUGUGAAGAACGCUUUGAACUGACAGAGGCUUUGAGUCAAGCCAGAGAACAGCUCCUGGAGCUCAGGAGGAGUGGAGGAAGCUUACGGUGUUCCCUCAACAAGGGCACCCUAACCUACCCUGCCACCGCAGUCAGCAAUCACCGCCAACAAAGCAGUGCGAGGCAGAACUGUGGACGAGACAACCCGCCCAGCCUGCACGGACUGCCAAAACCCACAGCUUCCCCAAGCCCAGAUAAGCUCAAGAAGGUCAGCAGCUCCGGACUGCCCGCCCUUCCCCAGUCACAUCCUCCCAGGGGCAGAGCAUCUUCGGUGAAUGAGACCCGGAGGAGGUUGUCUGCCAUCCUUAGCCGGAGGCUGAGUCAGCAGUGA